CAGGGUCGAGUUCCGCAUCAAAGAGCAGAUGAUCUCCGGGACCAAUGUCGGCAGCAUCAUGACCAAAGCCAACAUCGCGCAGAAGGUCUCCUCCCGCGAGCUGUCGAAGCUCAGCUUCAAGUUCCUCAGCCAGAACAACCUCCUGCAGAUCGCGUCCUUGUUCAGCAUCAACAGCGACAACGGCGCCAUCUACACCACCGCCAUGAUCGACCGCGAGAGCGUCUGCCAGUUCCAGAAGGACUGCAACAUCGAGUUCGAGGUCACGGUGACCUCGACCAUCUCCAACUUCUUCGAGUUCAUCAACGUCCGCAUCAUCAUCGAGGACAUUAACGACAACGCGCCGCGGUUUCCCCACGACAACAUCACGCUGUACGUGCCGGAAGGGGGAACAGCCAACAGCGAGUACAGGAUAGACGGCGCCACGGACAAGGACAAGGGCGAACAGAACUCCGUGACCAGUUACGAGAUGAAGUCUGAUUACAACGACAUGUUCGAGUUGAGGUCGGAGAUGAAGCUGGACGGAACCUGGGACCUGUCCAUCGUUAUUCUUAAGAUCCUGGACCGGGAGGUCAAGGACAGGUACAUGUUGUACAUCAUCGCCAAGGACAGCGGCACGCCGCAGAGGUCCGGCAACGUCACGGUGCUCAUCAACGUCACGGACAUCAACGACAACGUGCCGAGCUUUUCCGAGAACGUCUACGAGUUCUCCGUGUCAGAGGAGGCGAGGGUGGGGUCGGUGGUGGGGACGGUGACGGCCACUGACGCUGACCUUGGGGACAAUGCGGAGAUCACGUACGAGCUGAACCCCGGCAAGACGCCGCAGGUAGACGCCCUCUUCUACAUCGACUCCCAGAGCGGCGACAUCAUGGUCAAGAAAAGCCUUCAGUACGACGGGGGAAAGACGUUUGAGACCAUCGUCAUGGCGGAGGAUAGGGGCAACCCCAGACUGAGGUCCCAAAAGAUCCUGAUCCUGAAGAUCCUGGACGUGGGCAACACCCCGCCCCUAAUGACCAUCAACCCCGUCCCCAACCCAGACGGCAACAUUCUCCACCUGUCCGAGAAGUCGGACCUGGAGACGGUCGUCGCCCACGUCCGGACGGAAGACCGCGACGAGGGCAGCAACGGCAUCGUCGACUGCUACAGCAGCACGUCCCAGUUCCGCGUCAAGCGGCUGGACGGGGUGGGGUACCUGGUGCUGCUGAACGAGAAGCUUGACCGCGAGAGGAAUGAACAGGUGAACGUGACCAUCAUCUGUGAGGACAGGGGCACGCCCAAGCUCUCGGCCAGGGGGUGGUUUAUUAUUAAAUUAAUCGACGACAACGACAACAAUCCGGUGUUUGAAUUAAACAUCUACAGGGCGAACCUGACCGAAAACAACAGGAGGGGACAACACGUUCUGUUUGUUAAAGCGCACGAUGCCGAUGUUGGGGUUAACGCCGAGGUGCGCUACAACCUCUCCAUGGGCGCGGCGUUUAACAUUGACGAGAUCACCGGCGCCAUCACCGCCGGGGUGGAGUUCGACCGCGAGACCAUUUCUCAAAUGUCGUUCAUGGUCACAGCCCGCGAUGGCGGCGGGAGGGUCGGAAACGCGUCGGUGAUCGUGGACAUUGGCGACGUUAACGACAACGUUCCUUAUUUUACGUCGUCUUUGGAGUUUGAAAUCGCCGAGAAGCUGCCGGCGUCGACGAUGGUCGACACGCUGUUUGCCAACGACAGGGACGAAGGCAGGAACGCGGAAGUUUUUUUUUACGUUCCGACGGACUCAUCCGACAAACAAGAUAUACCGUUCGUUGUCUUACCGUCGGGGGACAUUCGAACGUCAAGAAAGUUGAACAAAGACAGUCAGGAUUCCUACUGGUUUCCUGUCGUCGUGAAGGACAAAGGCGAGCCUCCUAGAAGCUCCACGGCCACCGUCACGAUACGGGUGGUUGAUUACAAUGACCACCGUCCAGUUUUUAUCUUUCCGUCACGUCACAACAACACCAUCCGACUCCGGUCCGACAUCCUCCCCGGGACGGCCGUCGUCAAACUCAGCGCCGUUGAUGAAGACAUCGGAGCCAACGCCAAGCUCAAGUUCUUCAUCGUCGCUGGUAACGACGACAACGCGUUCGCUAUUCCGUCGCCGUCUUCCGGCGAGAUCAUCCUCCGGAAAGAGCUGACGACGCUGGCUAGUAGCGUGUUCCGACUGAACGUGUCCGUCCAUGACCAAGGUAUCCCGAUGUUAAGCGCCGAGCAGCUGCUUGUCAUCCAGGUGGACUAUGUGGACGGGCACGGCAUGACGAGGUCACGUCAAAGCAACGGCGGCAACUCCACCAACAUGUUCGGCGACGACGACCUCAAGUACAUCAUCAUCGCCGGGGUCGUCGGUGGCGUCACUGUCGUCAUCUCUAUCAUCAUCGUCACCAUCAUUCUCCGGCUGAGGCGGCCGGACAACAACAACCGGACUUCCGGCUUGACGGGAGUACAGGAGCAGGGGGACGGCAGACAUUUUGACAAGCAGAUGUGGCAGAGCGUGCCGGUCGAUGACGUCACGCCCACCGAGUCGGACGGGAAGAAGAUGUCCGGCAUGACCUUGAAAGGGGGAGGGCUGGGCCUUGACACUAAGCCGACCAACGGGGACUUGCAUAGCAGCAGUGACCUUAUUGACACGUACGGUCGCAAGCAGGGCCCCGAGCCCUUUCAAGGUCAACCUCAACUUUACACAUUCAAAAAGAGUGCAUUACGACCUCCAACAGACGAUCAUCAUAGCGAUACUUCAGGGGAGACGACUACAAGCGAUAGUGGGCGCGGUGGAAGCGAGGAAGACAUACAGUUGCCUCCCUUGCCUGAGCUAAGUGAAGACACGUCUAGAAUCAUCUUCAAGAACCCAGGGGCGGGGCUGAAGGACUCGCGCUUCGUGCGAUCCGACUACCCUGAUUACGGUGACCGUGAGGUCAUCGCCUUCGAGACCUUCUCCCCCCGCACCCUCCCCGGCUCCACCGACCGGCGGGACAGACCUGGCUACGGCGGACGUGACGUGCAGACGAUAGGUCACGCGGGCAGACCCAUCACGGACAAGCUCCGACAGAACCGCCAGAACUUCUCCUACAGCCCCCAGCCCCUGUCUCAGACCUCUCCGUCGCACCUCUCGCAGAAGCCGCCCCUGAAAGGAAACGAACACUACUGGUCCACCCCCUCCGGGCCCGGGCACUACCCCGAGGAUAUCCCCGAGCGCGGAGACCCGACCCUCGGGAAAAAGGUCACCUUCCAGCCCGGCCUGACGACCCAGAAUUUGAAAACCUGGGAGCUGACCCAGAAGAUGAACCUCCCCCCAGACUCGACCUUCCGCGGGGCUGCAGGUUUCCAUGGUAACGGCUCCAACCCGAAGACGUGCCGGCCAAAGAGCCAAGACGACGACGACAACACGACUACUUCCGGUAGCUACACCAUCAACCCGGAAAACGAUUUUGAAGAAACAUUGCCAGUGCCAAGCUACACCAUGGCGUAAUUUUAUUUUUACCAAGAAACUUUCAGGCGUCCUUCAGCGUCAUCCGUUUUCAAGGGAAUCCUUGGUGAAAAGUGAACUGGAACGCGGUUCACGAACUGUUAAGUGAACUUGGGUUCAGUAGCUAUAACAUGAACACAAACACGGUUCACUAACUUCAAAGUGAACUCUUACACAGCUCCUCAUGUGCUAAGUGAACUUACGCAAGGUAAACUGGAAUAGAUGGCACCUGCUUCUAUACAGAGAUGGUUCAAAUACAAUGGCUUAAAACAUUGCAAACACCUGGGGAAAAAAACAGCCUCACUCUUUUUUAUCACUUGUGUGUCACGUGACUAGGAAUAGGACACUUCACACUUACCAGUUACGUCAUCGAUAUAGACAGACAAUAUUGCCAUUUGCCAGAUUUUUUUCUAAAACGUUUAUAUUCGCCAUUGUAGGAUAAAAAAAAUCAACUGAAGCGCUCACAUGCGUAUUUGGGUGAUUAAAAGCGCGUGACGUUAUUUUUGGAAUAUGCACGUGAUUGUGGACAGAACAAUGGGAAUCAGGUCACCCUGACAUUCAUGGAUACACAGAAAAUACAAUUACAGUUAAUUAUAAUUGCAGAUUUGCUUUUUGUUUAAUUUUUAUAGAAAUGUAAUAUAUCGAUAUUAUAUUUUUCCGUGUUUUAAUAAAUAUGUGGAAUUUAAAUGCAAUCUGAAAUAAUUAAUUAUCUGAAAAUGAAUUUCAUAAACGCAGAUAAUAUAACGAAAAAAAACACGGCAUCGAGUUACUAAUCAUGGGAUAGCUGUAAUAAACAAUACUCUAAUUAAGGCUAAUUAACGAACUUCAGAAGCAAACAACUCUGGAAUCCUUUUCCUGGGUAUUAGUAUGUAGUGUGUAGCUGUAUACCACUUAA